AUGGCAAGCGCUGCGAUGGUCGUCUACUGCUUUGACACGCUACAGUCCCACUUCAAUGGCAGUACCGAACCCAAACCUUUCUUUGAUGUACAGCAGGAAUAUCCGCUGUUCGUGACAUGGGAGGUCGAGGAACAAGGCAGGAUUCAACUGCGGGGUUGUAUCGGUACACUGGCACCCACGCGUCUUCAAAAUCUGCGUGACUUCACAUUCAAAAGUGCCUUGCACGAUCGUCGCUUUGAUCCAAUCGGGCCGCAAGAGCUAAACCGGUUGCUCUGCUCCGUGUCCCUUCUCAUUGACUAUAACGACGCCAAAAGCUACGACGACUGGGUGAUUGGUACUCAUGGAAUUAUCAUCAAGUUCAACGAUUCGGAUGGUAAUACGUACAGCGCUACUUACCUGCCUCAGGUUGCGCGAGAGCAAGGCUGGACUCAUGUCGAGACGAUUACGUCGCUAAUGCGAAAGGCUGGCUAUCGCUGUACCGUAUCUGAAGAUAUGCUUAAAACCGUCAAGGUCACACGCUACCGUACCUCCAUCCAUAAGCUUACAUACCAGCAAUACCUCUCCGUCAAACAAGAGAUAUGCGACUAUGCUUGA